AUGAAUAGAAAAUAAUAAUUAUUCACUAUUGCUGGCUUAACUUUGCUUGCUGCUUGUACUUGUUGUACAAUCUUAUUAUGUAAGACUCACCACAAAAUUAGAGAUGAGGAAAAUAUCAAAACCCUUUGGUCUACUUUCAAAAAUAGUUAUAAUAAGAAGUACGCUGAUCCCGAUUUUGAACAAUACAGAAUUGAAGUUUUCACAGAAAAUCUUAAGAUCAUAGAUAGCAACUGUUAAAACUUUGGUAUCACUAAAUUCAUGGACCUUACUUAAGAAGAAUUCAAAUAAACUUACCUAACCUUAAAGACCAAAAAGUAUAUUGAGGAAAUUCCUGAAACUGUAUUCAAUGACUCUAAUGGUGAUAUCGAAAUCGACUGGACUAUGAAGGGUGCUGUUACUCCUGUUAAAGACUAAGGUAAAUGCGGUUCUUGCUGGUCUUUCUCCACAACUGGUGCUGUCGAAGGUGCUCACUUUUUAUCUUCUAAUGAACUUGUAUCUCUCUCUGAAUAAUAUUUGAUAGAUUGCUCCAAGAAUGGUAAUGAAGGUUGCAAUGGUGGUCUUAUGGACACUGCUUUCGAUUUCAUUGCUCAGAAUGGUAUUCCCACUGAAAAUGCAUAUCCCUACAAGGCUUUAGAUGGAACUUGCAAAAUGACUACUGGUCCUUACAAGAUCUCUUCCUAUUAAAAUAUCAUUAGUUGCAACGAUUUAUUAAGUAAACUCUAAAAGCAACCCAUCGCUAUUGCUGUUGAUGCUAAUAAUUUUCAAUUUUAUACCAAAGGUAUUUUUUCUAAGUGUGGUAAGAACUUGGAUCAUGGAGUUCUUUUGGUUGGCUAUUCAUCCAAAGAUAAAUUUUGGAAGGUAAAAAACUCUUGGGGUAGUUCUUGGGGUGAAGAUGGCUAUAUCAGACUUUCUGCCGGUAACACUUGUGGUCUCUGCAACUAGGCUUCUUAUCCAAUUGUCUGA